GAAGCGGUCUCGUGGACUGAGGAAGAGGCCUCUAAAUAUGCAUGGAAUCCACUUCUAAUCGCAAAUAACGUGAGCUAUAUCGAUCUGCGUCAGCUAAGCUUAAACGAUCCGCAUCUGUCUACGGAUGACCACUACCCAUUCAAGAUUCUCAAAGGCCGUUCUGGCGUGCAUGUGCCUGCGGAGGUUUACGGUGGAGAUCAACUCGUUUUUCACACGUUAAAAUGGACUGGAAAUUUGGAUUAUAUAUUUAACCAAAUUGAAGGAUUGAACUUCAUUUAUUUUGCCAGUAUCAGUGGAAUUAUGCGCGUUUAUCCAGCAUUCUCUUGGGAAUACAAAGGUGUCGACCUGUUUGAUAUUCGCCGACGUUCGUGAAGUGGAAGUAUGACUGGACAAUCGUUGAAAGUGGCCAAUGUUUCAGCCCAGAAAAUUGUGAGCAAUUUGGACGAGAACGACUAUGUGGCAGUGGCUCAUUUCCCGGGUGUUCUCGAGAACGAGCCAAUAGCGUUGGUCAAUGCGAACAAUGAAACGGAACAGCCAUGCUUCAAAUCAUUCGUUCGCGCCACAAAAAAGAACAAAAUGCGACUGUUUCAUGACCUUGGCAGUAUCAAGGCCCGAGGCUACGCGCGGUUUGAUAAGGCGCUACUGGCCGCAUUCAAAAUGUUUGAAAAUAUCCGAGUGCUGAUCUACGCGUUAGGUGAUCCGGUGAGCACGAUCGAUGAAUAUGAGAGAGCCGCUUGUAAAUAUCGAGGUAAUUGCUCGGUUUGA